UUCUAGUCUUAAAGACCCACAUUUGCCUUAACCUUUUCCAUGGCAAACAACCAUAAUACAGUCUUCUCACUUGAUAGGAAAGAUUUUGUGCUUGUAAAACCAGCGAAACCCACAUCUUCAUGUGUUCUUUCUCUUUCUGGCAUUGACAACAAACCCAACCUUGAACAUAUUGGUCAAACCGUUUAUGUGUACCGAUCAAAUGUUGAUGUUAGCAACCAAGCAGAUCCAGCUAGGGUGAUUAGAGAAGCCCUCUCUAAGGCUUUGGUUUAUUACUAUCCUCUGGCUGGCAAGCUUAAGAAAAACAGUGAUGGAAAACUUCAAAUCAAUUGCACCGCAGAUGGAGUGCCAUUCUUAGUGGCGACUUCCAAUUGCGACCUCUCUUCUCUUCACUAUCUAGAUGGGGUUGAUGUUGAAGUAACCAGACAGUUUGUCUAUGAUGUUCCUUCUGAAGGUGACUCAGGUUGCCACCCUCUGGUUCUUCAAGUGACCAAAUUUUCUUGUGGGGGUUUCAUAAUUGGGAUGGGCAUGUCACACUCCGUAUGUGAUGGGUUUAGUGCAGGCCAGUUCUUGCAAGCCCUGGCUGAGCUUGCAAGUGGAGAGAACGAGCCCUCGGUGAAACCUGUGUGGGAGAGGGAAAGACUGGUGGUAACACCUACUGAGGAGCCUUUCCAGUCCCCUGUGGAUAACACUUCUAUAGCAACUUCACCAUAUUUCCCAACUACAGACUUCUUGCAUGAAUGCUUUUACGUAGGUGGUGAAAGUAUAAAAAGACUCAAAAUGAGUUUGAUGGAGGAAUGUGGGAGUCAAAAUUUGAAUGAAAGUUUCACCACUGUUGAGGCUCUUGCCUCAUAUGUUUGGAGGUCAAGGUUUAGAGCUUUAAAAUUGAAUUCAGAUGGCAAAAUCCUCUUCUUGUUGACUGUGGGGAUAAAGAAGCGAUUGAAUCCACCUUUGCCAGAUGGGUAUUAUGGAAAUGCUUUUACAGAGGAAAAUAUAGUGUUAACAGGAGGGGAACUUAAUGAAGCACCACUCUCUAAGAUAGUGAAACUCAUAAAAGAUACCAAAAAAGUUGCAUCCAACAGUGAUUAUAUCAUGCACUCACUAGUCGUUUUGGAAAGAUUCAGAGAAGUCAAUAUAAAGUUUAAGGCUGGAGGUGCAUUAAUGGAUUUCACAGAUUGGAGGCAACUAGGCUUGUUAGAUAUAGAUUUUGGAUGGAAGGUGCCAAUUAACAUUGUACCCGUACCAAUGAACAUGAUUGGGUAUGAGGAUUUGUGUAUGUUCUCGCCACCAAGCAAUGUCUAUCCUUCGAAGAAAGAUGGCGUUAGGGUAUUUAUUUCUCUUCCCAGAGCUGCCAUGGCCAAGUUCAAAGAAGAGAUCGAUGCUCUAAAGAUUGCAGGUGAUGGUGCUUGUGUUUCAGCUUUGUAAUUUUGUUUAUUUGUUACAAGAGCGGUUACUAUUUCACACACCAAAUUACAGAAAUCCAUAAACACAAAUCCCACAUGGCAAAAUAUAUGGUGAGAUAUAGACAUAAGUGAAAUUGGUGGGAAAUAAGUGGCACGCCACAUCGUGUGUGAGUACUUUGUGUGCACUAUCCUUGUUACAAUUAGUGAGAUGUGAUAUUUUGUUCUUUUGAACCCAAAUUCUUUCUAUAGAAAGAAUUGAAUAAUACUAGCGAACUACAAAUAUUUUGACGCUUAA